GCUGCGCUAUAAAAAAAAAUGUUAGAAACGUUAGCCACAUGCUACGGAAGUUUUCCAUUUUGUAUCGCAAAGUAUAAUGGAUUUAUAGUCCAGUUGGGAGCGGUAAUGCGACAUAUUGGAUGCCAACCGCUGUUAAACUCCACUGAUCUGACCGAUGAAGAAGAAGAAUGCUACGGAAGUGAAGACACCCACACCGUGCAAGAGAAUGGUCCAAGGUGGUCCAAGGAAGUUAAUGAAGUUGACUGCAACGCUAGUUAAGGCACACAUUUAAAUGAGGAAUUGUACAUCCCACAAAGAGGGUUAAUAACAAAUGGAUUUCCUCACACUAUUUGCUAUCUAUGUGGGGGUUGUGCUGACCUGCAUUGCCUUGGUUUGUAAAUAUUCUGGUCAGCAACAAACUCCUUUUGGUUUACUUUUCGACUCGGUGACAAAGGUAAUAGCACCUUGGACACCACUAUGGCUUCAAAGCUUUACACAGAGGACGUUGCACAUGCUAUUUCAUCAACGGAACAGAAUGUUUAUCUAUCUCCAUAUCUUACUGGAGGGGGCCGUGUACACAGAGUUCACCUAUGAGGUGUUUGGAUACUGCAGGGACAUGGACACCACUCUCUCCAGCCUAUCAGUCCCUUAUGUUCUACUGGUGGUCAAAUCCUGCUUCUUCUACCUCUGCAUUAGAAGGGAACCUGGUACAGUUACAAAGAAGCGACAUGCUGGUCAGCUCCAGGUAUACCCAUAUGACAAGAGGAUGUUCCACCCAGGAGUCUGCUGUCCAACCUGUCAGCUGGUCAAACCUGCUCGCUCAAAACACUGUAGAGUCUGCAAUAGGUGUGUGCAGCGCUUCGACCACCACUGUGUCUGGGUCAACAACUGCAUCGGCGCUCAGAACACCCGAUACUUCCUUCUCUACCUGCUGAGUGUGUGUGCCAUGGCAGCAGACAUGGCACUACUGACGGUGGACAUGUUACUGCACGCUGUGGUGCGGUCAGGCAUCCUACAAGCCCGUUACAUAGAUGAUGAUGGGCAGCAACAGCAGGCAGGGAUGCUCUUUGUCAUACAGCACCUGUUCCUGACCUUCCCCAGGAUCGUGUUUAUGCUGGGCUUCCUGGUCUUCGUCUUCCUACUCCUGGCAGGCUACACCAUGUUCCACUCCUACCUAGCUCUGGUCAACCAGACCUCCAACGAGUGGUACAAGGGACGAGGGAAUGUCUGCCAGCACUGCCACCCCUCACCUGACCACUUCUGUGGUCUGCCAGCCUCUGACCAGUCCAAAAGGUGGUUCUAUAGUAGAGGGGUGCUUAGAAACCUGGGGGAGAUAUUUUUCCCCCUCCGCCCCGUGCAGAAAAAAGAUAAUUGAGUUCAACAGAGGCAGUUUAUAGGCCCACUAGCUACAGUAAUGAAUGUUUGUCAUUUGUAUUUAUUUUUUAAAGAUAUUGUUGUUGGUAUGUGGAUUUUGGGGGAUCUUAAAUAUUUUUCUAACUGGCAAUAAAGCUUCUGUAUACACCUUU